CCGGGCUACACAAUAAGGGGUGGGGAACUGCACUGGAUAUUUAACAAAUCAGUGAUCUUAACUCCAACAUCAGCUCCGUUCUUGCUUAUCGAGAGAGAAUCCGAGGAAGGAGAUUGUUUAUGGCGGAACGGAAGACUGAGAGACUGAAAGUCCUGCUGCUCGACCUCCACUUUCCUGCUUCCAUUUUAUCAGCUGGAAGAUUGAGCUGAAGAUAUCGCGCCUUGUCCUCUCUUGUCCUUCUCCCAGUCCCCAUAGCUUCUUUUCUUACAAUACCUUCUCUUUUCUCCCCACUGAAGUAAGUCUAAGAGCUAAGAGUAAGGAACUGAGACUAGUUUACUUCAACUUUGUGUUGUACUUGAAAAGUUUUGCCGUCUUUGUCACCGACGCUGAGCAGGAGCAGGACUGAUGUGGUGAACGCCGUGCUGCACAUCUGGCGCAGGAGCAGCUCUACGAGUCGUUUCUAUCCUGCUUGAAAGAAAGAAUGAUGGAGUGUUGAUCUGUCAGAGGAAGAGGAAUAUCGAGGAGCAAAAGCUGAGAGAUGGAGGCUGCUGCAGGAUUCCUGCUACCGCUCACUUUGAUGGCUUUAAGAGUGAAUACAGUUCACACAGCCCACAGCACAGACAGAAAGGUGACCUGCGUAUGUGAAAAUGGAUGUACAGACACUUGUACAGGGCAUGUCUGCUUCUUCACCUGGAACGAUGGGCAGGUUGUGAGGGGCUGCUUUGAGAAGGAGCAGCGGGAGCAGUGCAUAGUCUCUGGGAUCCCCAACGUGUUCGCCGAGUGUUGCUAUACUGACUACUGCAACACCAACAUAACAUUACCCCCGAAAUCAGAAGAGCCAGGUGACUCUGGCAGUGUGAUUGUGCUGGUGGCCGUGCCUCUGCUGGUGCUGCUUUUGUUGUCCAUAGCAGUGUGUGUCAUUGUGUUGUGGCUACGCUCCAGACGACUGCGGGAAAGUGACCCCCCCAUGCUCAAAGUGCCCAGUGGAGGAGACCCAACCUACGGGGAUAUCUUUGAUGAGUUUUGCACAUCAGGUAGUGGGACCGGCCUGCCGUACCUGGUGCAGAGGACCAUGGCUCGGCAGAUCUCCUUAGUGGAGUGUGUUGGUAAGGGGCGUUAUGGAGAGGUGUGGAGGGGCACGUGGAUGGGGGAGAGCGUGGCUGUGAAAAUCUUCUCAUCUCGAGAUGAACAGUCCUGGUUCAGAGAGACUGAAAUCUACAACACUGUCCAGUUAAGACAUGAAAACAUCUUAGGAUUCAUUGCCUCAGACAUGACGUCGAAGAACUCUAGCACGCAGCUCUGGCUGGUGACUCAUUUCCACGAGCUGGGCUCUCUCUAUGACUUCCUGCAGUACAACACCUUGGAUCCUGAGGCGUGUUUGUGCAUGUGCCUGUCAAUAGCCAGCGGCCUGGUACACCUUCACACAGAAAUCCUCACCACUCAGGGCAAGCCGGCCAUCGCCCACCGUGACCUCAAAAGCCGCAACAUCCUGGUGAAGAGGAACGGCCAGUGCUGCAUCGCUGACCUGGGUCUGGCUGUCAUUCAUUCUCAGUCCAACGAUUACCUGGACGUAGGGAACAACCCAAGGGUGGGCACCAAACGCUACAUGGCCCCUGAGGUCCUAGAUGAGAGUAUCCGUGUGGACAUCUUUGAAUCAUACAAGCAGACUGAUAUCUGGGCUUUGGGACUGGUUUUGUGGGAGAUCACCCGCCGAACCAUCGUAAAUGGAAUUGUCGAGGAGUAUCGCCUGCCUUUUUUUGACGUGGUGCCCUCCGACCCCAGUUUUGAAGAGAUGAAGAAAGUGGUGUGUGUGGACCAGUACAGGCCUUGCCUUCACAACCGACUGCACUCCCAUCCGAUUCUGUCUGCUAUAGCUAAAAUCAUGAAGGAGUGCUGGUUCCAGAGUCCCUCAGCUCGUCUCACUGCCCUGCGUGUGCGUAAGACCCUGGCAAAGCUGGACCAAGACCAAGACUGCAGCAUAGACAAACUCAAACUGGAUGUCUAGAGUUCUGCUCCUGUUUAAUGGACCCAAGUUGUAGAACAGGUGCCAGAACCCCUCUUAACCUCGUGUGCCUUUUAAGAGCAGUUGAUUCCGGGCGCUUCAGACAAGGAGGCCACAAAGCUGAUGGAUUGACUGAACUCAGAGCUGUGCUUCUCCUCUUGACUGCAAUAUCACUGUUGAAGGAUUUACUGCAUUUUUUCAACACAGUGACUCAGUUGUAAGCGAAAGCUAAGCCAUGGCUGAAAGUACUCCUUAGGGUCGAGAGAUUUGCACAUGUUUUUCUGUCAGUGUUUUUUAUGAAUGUGUUUGUCAGGAUAUGAGCCAUACUGGACUUCCCAGCGGAGGAGUUUCCUGAAAUUCCUUCAUGUCUCCUCUUGAGUUCUGAAUGCCUUAAAUGAGGACGCCAUGUACUUUGUCCCACCAUGUACAUUUUAUCCAUUCCGUAGUUAUGACAAAAAAAUAUUUGGAGUGACCAUAUAUAAAAUAUAUAUUCAUGAAUGCAUACUGAUAUAAUAACACACAUGCAAUAUUCAUUCAAAUGUAGAACUUAUAUCUUAUUGCUAAAUAACUAUGUUUCACACUAGAGAUAUUUUAUGUGGUAUAUCCAGAGCUGACCCUUUGCAACCAUUAACAACAUGCAAUGUAUACACAUCCUGCAUUCUUCAGGGCAUUCUGGUGCCCCUUAGUGACUGCUUAUACCACUUAUAGCUACAAAUGGCCAUGGGUAUAUCUUUUUAUAAUAUGUUUUAUAUUUGUAAAAGACUUAUUUAGUACUGUUUUUUGCACAAAGGAACUAUAUUUCUCACCCAAAAUACUGGUAUUUAACAAAAAAUAAAAUUUUUAUAUUUAGGUUAUUCAA